AUGCAAAUCCUUAUGACACCAUCCACUAAAUUAGGAUGGUCAUCAUCAUCAUCAUCAUCAUCAUCAUCAUCAUCAUCAUCAUCGUCAUCAUCAUCAUCAUCAUCAUCAUCAUCAUCAUCGUCAUCAUCAUCAUCAUCAUCAUCAUCAUCAUCAUCAUCAUCAUCAUCAUCAUCAUCAUCAUCAUCAUCAUCAUCAUCAUCAUCAUCAUCAUCAUCAUCAUCAUCAUCAUCAUCAUCAUCAUCAUCAUCAUCAUCAUCAUCAUCAUAUUUUUCUAACGCCUGA